AGAACCAUGGCUUUGGGAUGAAUGCAAACGUGACCAUCCCAAACUUACUUCCGUAUUGGAACAACUUAAAGAUUCCCAAAAAUAUGAAUUUAUUGUUUCCGGCACAUUUAAUGGAGUUAAUGGAGUAAGGGUAGAAGAUAAAAUUAAGUUUUUGAGUUAA